AUGAUUAAACUCGGUUUAUCAAUUGAUGAUGCUGGUAUUGAAGAAGAAGAUGAGAAGCUUCCAUAAUUAGAGAAAAAGGAAGAUGCCAAUACUGAAGCCACCAAAUCAAAGAUGGAAGAAGUUGAUUGAUUUAUAUUAAUUGUUUGUUUAAAAUUAAUAAUUAAAUAAAAAAGAAUAAA